UGUCACUAAAAAUUAUUAAAUUUAUUAGUAUGUACAAAAUUGCUUUUAAGACUUACAUGAAUCCCAUUAGAAAAAGAAGGAAUGGAAAUUAAAAUAUUGUUUCUCAACUAUCCAAUAAUUAGUUCUUUUAAUUUAUUUAAGUUAUUUUAAUUUUAUAAAUUAUAUACCGACACAAAUUAUCAAAAUUUAACACCAAUUUUUUUAUAAUAAAUGACACUCAUAAAUUACACACCAAACAAGACCAAGGAACCACUUAAACCACAAACAUCACCUCGUCCAACAUUCACACUCCAAAAAAAAGAAAUAAGCACCCUGCAGUGACUUCCACCAAAAACUUUAGGACUGUCAAUAUUAUCACAACAGAACAGUGGUUACUUCCUAGAAAGAGUGCUGAAGUUGCCAUCUAAGUUUCUAAUAGAAACAAAAAAAAAAAAACAGAUUUCACAGCUACCAUAAAUUUGAGUUUUUGAGCAUUACAAAUUCCCGGUUUUGAAACUCAAUUCAGAUCACCAUUUUCUCCUAAUUAUCCCCUCAAACACAAAAGCCUACUACUUCUAACAAACACACACAAAACAGAAAAUGGCUGAAACUGCGGUGUUCCAUCUUCUAGCCAAACUUGCACCCUUCCUUCAGGGAGAGGUUAAUUUGUUGAGUGGAGUUCGGGAAGCAAUGGAAGACAUCAGAGAUGAAUUCGAGCGCAUGUCGGCUUUCCUUAGAGUUGCUGAUGCUAAGGAAGAAAGUGACCCUCAACUCAAAGUUUGGGUCAAACAAGUUCGAGAUGCUGCUUAUGACACUGAAGAUGUUCUUGACAAAUUCAAGCCUCACCUUGCACAUCAUCACGGCGAUGGAUUCGGUGGUUUUCUUCGUAAGGUUUUCUACCUUGCCAAGACUUUAAAAGCUCGCCACCAAAUUGCUUCUGAAAUUCAAAGAAUCAAGUCCAGGGUCAUCAAUAUUUCCGACGGACAUAAAAGAUACCAUGAUAAAUAUGGUAUACCAGAGCAAGGCUCAAGGUCGAAUGUUGUUAACAAUUCAUGGUAUGAUUAUCGUGGCGAUGCACUUCUACUCAAAGAAGCAAAGCUAGUGGGCAUCGAAAUGCCCAAAAGACAAUUGAUGGAGUGGCUAGUCGAGGGAGAUUCUGGGUUGAAAGCGGUUUCUGUGGUGGGAAUGGGGGGAUUAGGCAAAACCACCUUGGUUAAAAAAGUCUACGAUGAUGCAACGGCGAAGAAACAUUUUGACUGCCACGCUUGGCUCACUGUUUCCGAGUCAUUAAGGGCUGAGGAUCUCCUGAAGGACAUGAUUCAACAACUCUUUGAAGAAAUCAUGCAACCAGUCCCUAUUGGAGUUGAAACUAUGAGCAUCAAUAGGCUAAAAUGUCUGGCUAAUGAUUUUCUGCAGCAAAGGAGGUACGUGGUUGUUUUUGAUGAUGUUUGGAAUGUCAAUGCUUGGGAGGCUAUCAAAUAUGUGCUGCCUGACAACAAUUGUGGUAGCCGUGUCAUUCUCACAACUCGUUUCACCCAUAUAGCUUCUACCUGUUGCGAAGAAACUAAUGGUCAUGUUUAUGACUUGAUGCCGUUGUCCCAAGAGGAGUCUUGGACGCUGUUUUGCAACAAGACUUUUCGGGGGAACUUAUGCCCUCCAAACUUGAAACAAAUUUCUCUUCGAAUCUUAAAAAGAUGCGAGGGAUUGCCGCUUGCAAUUGUAGCUAUAAGUGGCGUUUUGGCUACAAAGGACAGGAGCAGAAUAGAAGAAUGGGAAAUGCUUUAUCGCAGCCUUGGUGCUGAAUUAGAGGGCAAUGACAAACUAGAGAGUAUGAAAAAAGCGCUCUCUCUUAGUUACAAUGAUCUACCUCAUUAUCUGAAGAUUUGUUUCUUGUACGUGAGCAUUUUCCGGGAGGAUCAACGGAUAUUGUGCAAAGCAGUAAUUCCACGUUGGACAGCAGAAGGAUUUGUGAAUGCUAUUGAGGGGAAGACAAUAGAAGAAGUUGCAAAUGGCUACCUCGAUGAGCUAUUCAAUAGGAGCUUGAUUCAAGUGGCACAGAGAUAUCCAGAUGGAAGGCCUUUAUGUUUCUGUAUUCACGACCUGAUGCGUAAAAUUAUUGUUUCAAAGGCAAGAGAGCAAAACAUUGUAACAACAAUUUGCAGACAGGGCUCAACGAGGCCGGAGAAGGUCCGCCGCCUAUUGAUCCGAAGCACCUCAGAUAAUGUGGAAUAUAGCGAGCGUUUUUCUCUACUUCGUUCUCUGUUUGUGUGGGGGCCAAUGGAUUCAUUGCCUAUUGCAUCCUUGCGUGAGUUGUUUAGACGUAGUUCGAGGCUGCUAAAUGUGUUAGAUUUUGGAGGUACUCCAUUAGAUACUAUACCAGAUGAAGUUUUUAAACUGAUCCAUCUCAGGUACCUUGGCUUGAGGAAUACAAAAGUGAAGAUGGUCCCAAAGUUGAUUGGGAAGCUUGAGAAAUUGGAGACCUUAGAUCUAGGAGGAACCUAUGUGACUGAGUUGCCUGAUGAAAUCCUACACCUUCAGAAAUUGCGCAAUCUCCUAUCAUAUUAUUUGAAAUCAAGAAUCACUUAUUUUGAAUUUGGAGAUAUGCGUGGCUUUAAAGCUCCAUCUCAGAUAGGAAGCUUGCAAUCACUACAAGUGCUGUCGAUGAUAGAGGUAGACCAAAGAAGUGAAUGUGGGGUCAGUAUGGUGAAAGAGCUGGGGAGGCUAACCCAACUAAGGGAGUUACACAUUGGGAAUUUAAGAAGAGAAGAUGGGGUGACUCUGUGCUCUUCCAUUGAGAAGCUCGGCAAUCUUUGCAGAUUAGAGAUAAUUUCAACGAAAGAGGAUGAGAUCCUUGAUUUGCAAUCUUUGUCUCCAGUUCCUCGAUUUCUUCAACUGUUACACUUGAUUGGACAUUUGGAGAAGUUUCCGCACUGGAUACCUUCUCUCCAUGGCCUUGUCGAUUUAACUUUAGGGUGGAGCAAGUUAAGGGAUGAUCCUUUGCAAUCCCUACAAGAAUUACCCAAUUUGGCUAAGCUUAUACUUGAACAGGCAUACGAAGGGGAGGGACUGUGUUUCAAGGCAGGAGGAUUUCAGAGGCUUAAACAUUUACAUCUUUAUAAAUUAAAAGGAUUGAGAUGGGUGAGAGUGGAGGAGGGAGCAAUGCCCCACCUUGAAGGUCUAAGUAUCAGAAAUAGUGAAUUGAUGGAGGAGGUCCCAUCAGGCAUCCAGCAUCUAAAGAACCUCCAAACGUUUGAGCUUUGUGAAAUGUCUGAGAAAUUGAUUUCAAAGUUAGAUCGAGAAGUACAAGAUGAGGAUUACAGAAACAUAGCGCACAUUCCUGAAGUUAUAAUUUGGUACCGGGAACAUGAUCAAUGGAAAGUAAGGUUUUUAUGAAGAGACAGGAAGAGAAAGGAGAAGAGCUCUCUCUAGAUUGGAUCAGUGUCAUAGUAAAUAACCAUUUUUUUCUCCCUUUUUGCCAUUUUUAUUACAUAUUGUAACCAUGAUUUAUUUUCUUCUUGAUGUAGAUGAUAAUUGG